GCGAACGGUGCGGCGGCGGGAGAAUGUGCUUCUGGCGCCAGGGUUGGACAUCGACGCCGGGACGUGGAGUAAAUUUUUGAGGUGGGAAGUGACGCUGCUAAGCCCGGCUAGCAGGGACAAACCGGGAGCUGACGAGAAGUAGGAGCGGCAAUACUCUAUUUCCUGUAACAGGAAUAUAUAUAUACAUCCAUAUAUAUAUAAAUGGAACCCCUUCACAGAGAGGACAAACCAAAUCCCCUGGCAACGGCAAAUAUAUUCUCCAAUGUGUUUUUCUGUUGGCUCAAUCCACUGUUCAAAAUUGGUUAUAAAAGGAGACUAGAAGAAAAUGACCUGUACAAAGUUCUCCCUGAAGAUGGAUCUGAGAGGUUGGGAAAAGAACUACAAAGGCACUGGGACAAUGAAGUCCAGAAGGCGCAGAAACAAGUUCGAAAUCCCCAUCUAACAAGAGCCAUUUUAAAAUGUUUCUGGAAAUCGUAUAUUAUUUUAGGUGUUUUUACAUUUGUAGAGGAAGUAAUAAAAGUUGUUCAGCCUAUUAUAUUGGGAAAAAUUGUUAAUUAUUUUGAAAACUACAAUAAGGAUGAUACAGAGGCUUCUAAAAUUGCCUUUGGAUAUGCUGCUGGCCUAUCGCUUUCUACGUUGUUUUUGGCAAUUACACAUCACCUGUACUUCUUUCAUGUACAAAGGAGUGGAAUGAAACUAAGGAUAGCAAUGUGCCAUAUGAUUUACAGAAAGGCACUGCGUCUCAAUAACAUUGCACUGUCACGAACAACCACAGGCCAGAUAGUGAACCUGUUAUCCAAUGAUGUAAACAAGUUUGAUCAGGUAACCAUAUUUCUGCAUUUCCUGUGGGUUGCACCAUUGCAAGCAAUUGCAGUGGUAGCACUGUUGUGGUAUGAAAUAGGACCAUCCUGCUUGGCUGGAAUAGCCAUACUACUUAUCCUGAUGCCAUUGCAAACCGUCUUUGGCAAGUGGUUUUCAGUUCUGAGAAGCAAAACUGCAGUGUUGACAGAUGACAGAAUUCGAACAAUGAAUGAGGUGAUAUCAGGAAUGCGAAUCAUCAAGAUGUAUGCGUGGGAGAAAUCCUUUACAAGUUUGAUUACCCAAAUUAGAAAGAAGGAGAUUGCCAAGGUUCUACAAAGCUCUUACCUGCGUGGCUUGAAUAUGGCCUCAUUCUUUGUAGCAAGCAAGAUAAUAUUAUUUUUUACCUUCCUGGUGUACGUGCUGCUUGGCAACACUAUCACAGCAAGCCGUGUGUUUGUCACAGUGUCACUGUACGGUGCUGUAAGACUCACAGUCACCUUAUUCUUCCCAGCAGCUAUUCAAACUGCUUCUGAGGGAAUGAUCAGCAUAAGAAGGAUAAAGGAAUUUUUGAUUCUCGAAGAAAUUAAGAAACCCAGUGAAGACGUGAAUAACCAUGAAAAUGAGUAUUCAGUUCACAUACAAGAUCUCACAUGCUAUUGGGACAAGAUAAUGGAAGUUCCAUCGCUGCAAAAUAUCAGCUUUUCUGUCAGACCAGGGGAACUUCUGGCUGUGAUUGGACCUGUGGGUGCUGGCAAAUCUUCCAUUCUUGCUGCGUUACUCGGAGAACUUUCAAAGGACAGUGGUGUCCUAAAUGUUAAAGGCAAAAUAGCUUAUUGUGCACAACAGCCGUGGGUGUUUCCUGGUACUGUUCGGAGCAAUAUUCUGUUUGGUAAAGAAUACCAAAAAGCAAAAUAUGAAAAGAUCAUCACAGCUUGUGCCUUAAAGAAAGAUUUGGAACUGCUUCAAGAUGGAGACUUGACUCAGAUUGGAGACCGUGGAGCUACACUCAGUGGAGGACAAAAGGCCAGAGUGAAUUUGGCGAGAUGUGUGUAUCAAGAUGCUGAUAUCUACUUGCUUGAUGAUCCUCUCAGUGCUGUUGAUGCUGAAGUUGGAAAAUACCUGUUCGAGCAGUGUAUAACAGGAAUUUUGAAACAUAAGCCUCGUAUUCUGGUGACCCAUCAGCUUCAAUAUCUAAGUGCUGCUAGCCAAAUUAUCAUAUUAAAAGAGGGUCGAGUGGUUGAAAGCGGAAAGUUAAACCAGCUAAUAAAAUCUGGAGUUGAUUUUGCUCAUCUGCUGAAACAGCAUGAAGAUGAUGAACAGGCAGAUCCUCAUUCCACAACUAAACUAACAAAGGGACGUACACUUUCUCAGACCUCAGUUUUGUCACUGGGGUCAUCAACGCAAUCACAUAAAGAGAGCACAGUUGAACUAUCAGGGGAGACUGCAUUCUCAGCAGUACCAGAAGAGAGUCGAACUGAAGGAUCAAUUGGUUUCACAGUCUACAAGAAGUAUUUUCUAGCAGGAGCUAAUUGCUUUAUGUCGUUAAUUGUCUUGGGUCUCUAUUUGUUGGCACAGAUUUCUUAUAUUCUUCAAGAUUGGUGGCUGUCUUAUUGGGCUACGAACCAAGAAAAUCUGAAUAUUACUGAGGGAGCUAGUCCAAAUAACACAACCCAAGUACUGGAUAUUGACUUCUACUUAGGAACAUAUGCAGGUUUAACAAUAGCUGUGAUACUCUUUGGAGUGGCCAGAAGUUUGCUAAUUUUCAAAGUAUUGGUUAAGGCAUCGCAGGAUUUGCACAACAAAAUGUUUAUGUCCAUUAUAAGAGCUCCGGUUUUAUUCUUCGACAAAAAUCCGAUAGGUCGGAUCCUGAACCGUUUCUCCAAAGAUGUCGGCCACCUUGAUGACUUGUUGCCUUAUACUUUCAUGGACUUUUUACAGAUCUUUCUGCAGAUCUUGAGUGUGAUAGCUUUGGCAGUAUCUGUCAUUCCUUGGAUACUUAUUCCCAUCACUCCACUUGUCAUUAUAUUCUUUUUCCUUCGGAGUUAUUUCUUGGAAACAUCACGUGAUAUUAAACGCAUGGAAACUACUACUCGAAGUCCAGUCUUUUCGCAUCUAUCUUCGUCCCUUCAAGGACUUUGGACUAUUCGUGCAACAAAAACAGAGCAACAGUUUCAGGCAAAAUUUGAUGAACAUCAGGAUCUCCAUUCAGAAACAUGGUUCCUUUUUCUGACUACUUCACGGUGGCUUGCAGUUCGGUUGGAUGGUCUUUGUGCAAUUUUUGUCACAGUGGUUGCUUUUAGUUCCAUUUUCAUUGCAAGCCAGUUGGACGCAGGACAGGUCGGUUUAGUUCUGUCUUAUUCUAUCACACUGAUGGGAAUGUUCCAGUGGGGUGUACGGCAAAGUGCUGAAGUUGAAAAUUUGAUGACAUCAGUGGAAAGAGUACUGGACUAUACUGAACUUGAAAGCGAGGCAGCAUGGGAAUCUUGCAAACCUCCACCUAGUGACUGGCCAAACCAAGGCAGUGUGACAUUUGAAAAUGUCAGCUUUGGCUACAGUCCUGAUUCUGAACCUGUUCUUAAGGACCUGAAUCUAACAAUCAGACCAAAGGAAAAGGUUGGGCUUGUUGGAAGGACUGGUGCUGGAAAGAGUUCCCUGAUUUCAGCCUUGUUUCGCCUUGCUGAGCCAGAAGGGAAAAUCAUGAUUGAUGGCCUUGUGACCUCAGAGCUGGGUUUACAUGACCUGCGGAGUUGCAUGUCCAUCAUUCCUCAGGAUCCUGUUUUAUUUACUGGCUCGAUGAGGAAAAACCUGGAUCCAUUUGAUGAACAUGCUGAUGAAGCACUGUGGAAUGCAUUGGAAGAGGUGCAGCUAAAGGAGGUAGUUCAAGAACUGCCAAAUAAGUUAAUGACAGAACUAGCUGAAGCUGGUUCCAAUUUCAGUGUUGGACAAAGACAACUAGUGUGUCUCGCCCGAGCAGUGCUUAGAAAAAGUAAAAUACUUAUCAUCGAUGAAGCAACAGCAAAUGUGGAUCCGAGAACGGAUAAGCUUAUUCAGAAGACAAUUCGGGAGAAGUUUGAACAGUGUACAGUACUGACAAUUGCACAUCGUCUUAAUACCAUAAUCGACAGUGAUAGGAUUCUGGUACUGGAUCAAGGAAGAGUAGCUGAAUACGAGGAACCAUAUGUUCUUCUUGAGAACAAGGAUGGUUUCUUCUACAAAAUGGUUCAACACUUGGGCAAAGCUGAAGCAAUUGCUCUGACAAAGAUAGCAAAAGAGGUGCACUUGAAAAGGAAAUCUUUGGAAGGAACACUGACUGACCAAAUGGAAGCCAAUGGUUCUGCCGUUUUACUCUCUAGUGGUAUUGUCUUUGAGACUUCACUAUGAGCAGAGGAAAGGGGCAGUGGAGCACCUUUAUUCAAGUAAUAAUGGAAAUGCUCUGGAAAGGAUUGUUUUAACUAAAAAAAACAUGAAUUGCAAAUCAGCAGAAAAAAAUUGCACCAGGAUAAUUCACCCUUCUGUUCCUGGGCCAGAUUCUAUUACCAUUUGCUGCAUUUAGUUCUAUAAAAUUUGAACUUGAUAUUAUACAGAAAUAUACUGCUGCCUAAACUCACAUUUGCCUUUAAGAAUGAUGUCAGAUUUAUCAGUUAUUGAAAAGAACUUGAAAAUUUGGGGGAGGACACAUAUUUGGCCUUUAGUAAUGUUUUGUGAGGCGCUGGAUAAUCCAAGUUGGGUUUGAAUAGAAUGUGCACGAGACUGCCAUCACUUUAGAUUGUCUCUGACUCCCUCCUCAACUUACUUUCAAUACUUAUGCUAAGAUCAAACAUUGAAACGGUUCAUUAUAUGUUGCCCAGUAAAUUCAAAUAUUUUACUGUUACUUGAACCUUUUUUCUGCUGUAGUUGCAGCAAUGUUGAUAUUUUGUUCUUCAAUGACAGUUUUUUCCAGAGUAUUUAAUUCACACAAGCAAUAACCUCUGCAUCACAUGUCUACACUUACAGGAUUAAAUUUAUUUAGUUGUUUAUAAGGAAGUCCGGUAGUUGACAGGAAACUUUAUACUACAUUACUUUUGCAAAUAUGUCAAUUUAAACUGAAUUUCGAACCAAUACAAUUUUUGAAUACUGCUUUGUAUAUAAGACAGUUGAAAUGAUUCGUUUAGUCUCCACCAGAAAUGGCUACUCCAUUUGGAAAUACUUGAUGCCUUAUAGUUGUAAUAAAAAUUAGUGAAGCUGUACAAAUGGUCUUUGUUGUGACUGACUAAAACUGAGCCAUAUGGAAGCUGUAUCUGGAAAAUAUAUACUGUACUGCAGGUGUUUAUUCACAGGAGAGUCCAAGAGAAUCUCACUCUCCUGACACAACAUUUU